AUGCCCAGACAUUUGGUGCUAAAGAUUAUUGGUGAGCUUUGUCAGGUAGAACCUCAAUUUAAUUAUCAGUAUGAUGCACUGAAUAUUAGGGGUCAUAGCCCUGAACAAAAGGUUACUUCGGCUUUGAGGAUUUUAGGAUAUGGCAGACCUCUAGAUUCUAAUGAUGAGUACCUUCACAUUGGAAAAACAACUGCGUACAAUAUCAACGGGAAUCACUACACUCAUGGUUAUUAUCUUGCAGAUGGAAUUUAUCCAAAAUGGUCAACUUUAGUUCAAUGUUACCGUCAGCCACCUGCCGGUGAAAUGGGUCGUUCAUACUCGUAUUUCAAUAGUAAACAAAUGAAUCUGAGAAAGGAUGUGGAACGGGCUUUUGGAAUUCUGAAGCGGAAGUUCGCAAUCGUUUGUGGGCCUUAUCGUGGUUUAAGUGCUCGUGAAAUGCAUAAGACUAUGCUGACUUGCAUCAUUAUGCAUAACAUGGUUAUCCAGGAGACCCGUCGUAAUAAGAAUUGGACUAACCAUCAAGACGAAGACUUAAGGCCUGAGAUUAUACCAGCUAGAGGAUUACCUGCAAAGAACUAUGCGUAA